AUGGAUCCUGCAGAUUUUAUGCAGGGUCAAGUUAAUUAUUUUACUGUAGGUUCCUAUUUAGGUUUGGGAGGCAUUGAAACGCCCGAAAAGAAGGCAGCACAACAUCGACAAGGAAUAAAAUUUUUAGAAUAUUUUCGAAUAAUUCCGAAUAGACGUGAUGAAGCUAAUUGCCCAGAUUGUGGCAGAAUCCUUACAACGAUAACGGAUACGGCAAGGCAUGGUUGGAGAUACUGCUGUAAUAACCACCCUACGAAGAAGAGAUUUGGUCCACUGGAGAAUACUUUCCUUGCGAGAACUCGUUUGAAAGGUGAGUUGACUNUUAUACGAGAGCCACUUAUACGUGUUCAGACAAUUUUGUCUGUAUCUCCUGAGACGGCUUGCUACUGGUACGGUUUCUGUAGGGAUGUAGCUUGUGCCAAUGCCUGGCAUGACUAUGUGCCUAUAGGAGGUGCUGGAGACGUCGUUGAAGUGGAUGAAACUCACCUCUUCAAACGGAAGUAUAACGUUGGGAGAGUAAACACAUGGAGACAUAUUUGGGUAUUAGGAGGAAUAAGCCGGACGACAAAGAAGAGAUUUGCAGUAAUAGUGGAAAGACGCGAUGCCGAAACAAUGAUACCAAUUCUGCAGCAAUGUAUAGAUGAAGAAAGCUACAUUUGCACGGAUUGUUGGCGAGCAUAUGGGGAAUGCGACGUAAUUUUUAAUGGACAUGGAAUUAUUAAUCAUUCAGAAAAUUUUAUUAAUCCACCCAAAGAAGAGGAACCAAUAUGGAUGCCAGCUGAUACGUUUAAUGAAGAAUGUUUGGACACGUUAUGGAAUGGACCACCACCCGUGCCAGGACAGCAACCAUUUAGAAACCAUACGCAGCACAUAGAGAGAGCUUGGAGAGAUUUAAAGGACUACAUGAGAUCAAGCAACAGCAUAGAAUAUGCCAGUCAAUAUAUUGGAGAAUGGAUGUACAGAAGAAAUAUUAUGAAUGAAUAUGGAACGGUGAAAGAACAACUUCGAAAAUUUUUGGAAGACAUCAAGCGAGCCUAUCCCGGAAUUGGAAAGAAGCCAAUGAAGCACCGAUAUGAAGACAUCCUGGAUUGUGAUUGCCACAUAUGCCAACCGUAA